CCGUGGGUCCCUUAUCGGGGCAGGCGGCCGGGGGACCGGAGGUCCUGGCUGCAUCGAGCUGCAGUCCCAGGGCUCGGGGGCUGUCGCUGGCUGCGGAGCUCGGGGGUGGGGGGACGUCUCCUGCUGCCCCCUAACCCCGUCUCUCCCCUCCCCCCGCAGACGCGCCAUGGCCGGGGUCCUGCCCGCUCUCCUGCUCUGCGCCGCCCUGGCCCUCUCCGCCCGGGCCGACGAGCUGCUGGCCAGCACCCGGGCGGGGCGGGUGCGGGGCCUGCGGGUGCCCGUCCUCUCGGGCCAGGUCUCCGCGUUCCUGGGCAUCCCGUACGCCGAGCCGCCCGUGGGCCGGCUGCGUUUCCGCCGGCCGGAGCCCAAGCGGGCCUGGAGCGGGCUGCUGGACGCCAGCGCCUACCGCCACGCCUGCCACCAGUACGUGGACACCCUGUACCCCGGCUUCCCCGGCACGGAGAUGUGGAACCCCAACCGGGAGAUGAGCGAGGACUGCCUGUACCUCAACCUGUGGGUGCCCUCCCCGCGCCCCAAAAACGCCACCGUGCUGGUCUGGAUCUACGGCGGCGGGUUCUACAGCGGCUCCGCCUCGCUGGACGUCUACGACGGGCGCUACCUGGCCCACGCCGAGCAGGUGGUGGUGGUCUCCAUGAACUACCGGGUGGGGGCCUUCGGCUUCCUGGCCCUCUCGGUCGGCCAGGAGGCGCCGGGCAACGUGGGGCUGCUGGACCAGCGCCUGACCCUGCAGUGGGUGCAAAGCAACAUCCACUUCUUCGGGGGGAACCCCAAGGCGGUGACCAUCUUCGGGGAGAGCGCCGGGGCCGCCUCGGUGGGCAUGCACCUGCUCUCGCCCGGCAGCCGCCCGCUCUUCCGCCGUGCCAUCCUGCAGAGCGGGGUGCCCAACGCCCCCUGGGCCACCGUGCCCCCGGCCGAGGGCCGGCGCCGGGCCGUCCAGCUGGCCAAGCUGGUGGGCUGCCCGCCGGGCAACGACUCAGAGCUGGUGACCUGUUUACAGGACAAGACCCCGCAGGAGCUGAUCGACAAGGAGUGGCAGGUGCUGCCCCACCAGAGCGUCUUCCGCUUCUCCUUCGUGCCGGUGGCCGACGGGGACUUCUCCAGCGAGGUGCCCGAGGCCACGCCGGGCACCGGCAGCUUCCAGGAGACCCAGGCGCUGCUGGGGGUGGUGCGGGAUGAGGGCACCUACUUCCUGAUCUACGGGGCGCCCGGCUUCAGCAAAGACAACGAGAGCCUCAUCAGCCGGGAGGAUUUCCUGGGCGGGGUGCGCAUGGGCGUGCCCCAGGCCAACGAGCUGGCGGCCGAGGCCGUGGUGCUGCAAUACACCGACUGGCUGGACCAGGACAACCCGGUGAAGAACCGGGAGGCCAUGGACGACAUCGUGGGCGACCACAACGUGAUCUGCCCCGUCACCCACUUCGCCCUGCGGCUGGCCGAGCGGGGCGCUCGCGUCUACACCUACUUCUUCGACCACCGCGCCUCCAACAUGCUCUGGCCCCCCUGGAUGGGGGUGCCCCACGGCUACGAGAUCGAGUUCGUCUUCGGCCUGCCCCUCGACCCCGGCCUCAACUACACGGCCGAGGAGGCCGCGCUCAGCCGUCGCAUGAUGCACUACUGGGCCAACUUCGCCCGCACCGGGGACCCCAACGAGGCGUCGGAGCAGGGGGUGCGCUGGCCCCCCUACACCCCGCGGCAGCAGCAGUACGUACAGCUGAACCCGCGCCCCCUGGCUGUGGGGCAGGGGCUCCGGGCCCAGGUCUGCGCCUUCUGGAACCACUUCCUGCCCAAGCUGCUCAACGUCACUGAGCCAUGCGCUGCAACCGACUGGGGCCCCGGGCCCCCACCAGCCCCACUGCCCCUCCUCGCCCUCCUUCCCCUCCUCCCCCUGCGGCUCAGGCCCUGAGAGCGGAUCCUGCAUGCAUCGGACGGCUGGGUGGGGGCGGGGCAGGGGCAGCCCUGGCCCUCACGGGGUCGGCUCAGGGUGGAGCCUGCCCCAGGCGGGGGCGUUCGGCGCCUGUGGGACUCCUGGCCACUAGGGGGCACCGAUCCAGAGCUCACUGAAUGGGCCACUAGGGGGCACCGAUCCGGAGCUCACUGAAUGGGCCACUAGGGGGCACCCAGCUGGGGCCUGGGGAAAUCCUGGCCACUAGGGGUCACCAAGCCGGAGCUCACUGAAUCGGCUACUAGGGGGCACCAAGCCGGACCUCAAUGAAUGGGCCACUAGGGGGCACCGAGCUGGGGCCUGGGGAACUCCUGGCCACUAGAUGGCACCGAGCCGGAGCUCACUGAAUCGGCUACUAGGGGGCACCAAGCCGGACCUCAAUGAAUGGGCCACU